CUGACUUAAUUUUUGUUUUAUAAAUCUUCUCCGAAAUUAUUACAGCAAAAAAUUAGACAUUCAGUCGAACUAUCAGUCGACUUCGGCGAUGAUAGUGGCAAGCGGCCAUCUUACAUUCUUUGUCCUCAUUUUUUCGUCUUUUCUUGAAGGUCUUCUUUAACGCGAAACGAGUUUCUCGCAAUAACAAGCAUAUAUGAAAAUGAGAUGACUGACCAGUAUCGCAGAUUAGUGUCCCGAACAUUAGUGUAUCGCAGACAAAGAUUACGACACAAUUUCGGUACUUUCACGCCUUUAUACAUGGAAGGGGAAAUGUUAAGGCCAGUGGGUCAGUCUCUCAACGUCUGGGUUUUUCUUAACUCUUGAAGAGAUACAGUUUAUAAGUGCUCGCAUUUGAACCACACCCAGCCAUUGAUUCUGCUUAGCUGAUUGAGUCAUAAGAAUUUAAUCUGUGUAAUCACUGUAGACAAAAGUUACGGACAGUCACUAACGAUCGGACAGUUACCAUUGACUCUUCGUCAGAGAAACAGCUAGAGAUUGAAAACAGAUUUAACAUCGCAUUAUGAACACUAUGAACAGUAACGACGAUCAGACAAUCAUGAUGAAAACGUACAAUAUGUUGCUUCUUCUAGCAGAGAUAUUAUUUCUUAUUUUAAAAGUUGUAUAUUAUAUUUGUGAAGACGUAUACAGAUUAAUUGUUCCAACGAAGAAAAAGAGCGUAGCUGGCGAAAUUGUUUUGAUAACAGGUGCAGGUCACGGUAUCGGAAAGGAAUUAGCGAUUGGCUAUGCAUCGUUAGGAGCAACAGUGAUAUGCUGGGAUAUCAAUGAAGAAACAAACAACGAGACAAUGAACGACAUUAAAAGAAUGGGAAGAGACUCUGUAUAUGCGUAUCGAUGUAAUGUAGCAGAUAGGGAAGAAGUCUUCCGGGUAGCCGAGAAAGUAAAGAAAGAAAUAGGUGACGUUACUAUCUUGGUAAACAACGCCGGCAUAGGGAUUUUUAAAUCAUUCCUGAAUCACAGUCUCGAUGAAAUUGAACGGGUCAUGAACGUCAAUGCGACAGCGCAUUUUUGGACAUUGAAAGCAUUCUUACCAAGUAUGAUCGAAAAAAAUCACGGUCAUAUUGUGGCACUUUCGUCAGUAGCAGGACUUAUGUGUACUCCUUAUGCGACGGUUUACUGCCCUUCAAAAUUCGCAGUUAAAGCAAUUAUGGAAGCAGUGUCUGAGGAAUUACGUGCAUUCAGUAAUGAAAAAUCAGAUAUCAAAUUUACUACUAUUUAUCCGGGUCUAGUACACACCGGAAUGGUUAAAAAGACAAAAGUUAGGUUUCCACGGAUGAUGAAUGGACAUUCACCGCGGGAGGCGGCCUCGUUAAUAAUUGAUGCGCAGAGACGAAAUUAUGAAAACAGAACAUUACCAUCAUAUUGGCUGCCCUUGUUAAAUAUAAAAAGAACUUUACCCGGCAAAGCAAGAAAGUGCAUACUAGACUUCUUGGAUUCAGGUGUCUAUCCAGACGAUUAAAAACAUUCUACCACUCAUUGUCAGCCGUUGCCAGGUGCUGUCAUUCGUCUCGAACAUAUCGAGCAGAAAAAUGCCGAAAUAAAGCAAGAGCCAGUCGACGGCAACAGCUGAUUGACCACUGAUGCGUUUGACAGCUGAUCGCCCGUUAUUAAACAAUGGGACAAAACAGCUAAGCGCCCGUUCGCCCGUCAGCUGAUCACUUCAUUGGCUUAAUCUUUGUUAUCAAGGGCUCAAAGACUGUAGAAUCGUCUCGAAAAACGAGGAAAUAACCCCGAGCCUUCGCGCCCCCGGUGCCCACUCGAUAGCAAUCUAACGGCGUGUAAUUAGCGAUCCUUUCGUACAACAACGGUGUGCUUCGACGGUCAUAUUCAACGUAAAAAACCGCCCGUAACUCGAUCAAAGUUCGCAAGAUUUAAUAUUUUUUGAAGACCACUCCAUUGGUUGCCGGUUCAAAUCCUGGUUUAAAGAACAAAAAAUAAUCUUUCGAUUUUUAAGCAGAGCGAGCCGUUAGCUCCAUUUGGGAUUAUGUCUAUAGGAAAUCAGCAUGGGAGUCGAAAGGAAGCAAUCAAAACGUUGUUUCGUCAAUUAAAAAUUGCUGUUAUGUCACAUAUACAAUAUGGUAAUUUUCUAGUAAUAAUUUUUAAUCGUAUUGAAUAUAUUGCGCGGAGCUGACUUAAAGUUUAUGUGUUUCAAUUUAUUUUAGCCUUUCAAUUCCCAAGAGACGAACCGUUCGUCCAGAAAUUAUUUUAUUGUUUUAUCUCAGUCAUUGUUACUCUCU